AUGCGCCCAACAAAAGGCGGCGCACUUCAAGCGCCGACUCAUCCUCAUCCCGCCGAUCAACUUCUCGUCCGCCAGUCCGACAUUCGAGACCAUCCUUACCGAGAUCACAAAGCAACAGACAAAGAAAUUACUCUCGUUCGUCAAGUCCAGACGACAGUCGAGAUGACACUCCUCAGCGUCGCCGCUCCCCAAGCCCGCGGCGAACGAGUCGCAGCCCAUCUGGCUCAUCUGCAUACGACUCUGCUCAAGAACAUCAUGACCGGCCACGAUCUCGAUCCCGCUCACGAUCAAGGUCACGGCGGCGGUCGAGGUCGAGGUCGCGCUCCCAAGAAGGAAGAUCGAGAUAACAAUACAUCCCAAACCCCUCCUCCUCCUCCUCCUCCAAAAUCCUUAACCUUUACUUCCCUCACCACUCUUACUCGCGCACACGACCGAGGAAUAACCUGCGUCAAGUUUUCUCCCGAUAUGACCCUGUUGGCAACAGGAAGUGCCGACAACACCAUCAAAAUCUACUCGGUCCCUCCCAAUCCAUCCUCCACACCCUUCAAACUCCUUCGCACACUCCGUGCCCACCUCGCAGGCAUCAACUCCUUAGCUUGGUCCCCAAUCGGUCCUCCCUAUACAUUAGCAUCCGGAUCGGAUGAUAAAUCCAUUCUUCUAUGGUCCCCCCUAUCCUCCGAUUUCCCCAUCUCCCCAUCCCCUCUCCUCGGCCAUAGUAACUAUGUCUAUUCACUCGCCUUUAGCCCAAGAGGAAACAUGCUUGUGUCUGGCUCGUACGACGAGGCUGUAUUUUUAUGGGACGUUCGUUCCGGCAGAGUCAUGCGCACACUCCCUGCCCACUCCGACCCCGUCAGCGGAGUCGACUUCCUCCGCGACGGCACCAUGGUUUGUUCCUGUGCCGCCGAUGGCUUGAUCCGAAUCUGGGAUUCCGGAACAGGACAGUGUCUGAGGACUCUAGUCGACGAAGACCGCAAAGCCGUCACCAGCGUUCGCUUCUCACCCAACGGAAAAUUCGUACUUGCAUGGACACUCGACUCAUCCAUCCGCCUCUGGAGAUACAUCGAAGGGACAUGCGUCAAGACCUAUCAAGGCCACACCAAUCAAAAUUUCAGCCUCGGCGGAGUAGUAGGCAACUACAUCAAAGCCGGCACCAACGGGCAAAGACGUAGCAUUGAAGCCUUCGUCGCCAGCGGCAGUGAAGACGGCGACGUCGUGGUCUGGGACGUGGUAAGCAAGGAAAUGCUCUGGCGAGGCAAAGGCCACACAAAUGUCGUGCUAGCCAUGGACUUUGGUCGCGCGCAUAAUGGUCGAGGCCUGCUAGUCAGUGUUGGUAAAGACCGCGAUAUUCGCGUGUGGAUGGCCGACGGCCAAGGUGAAGGUCAGUCCUCCUCCUCCUCCUCCUUCUCGAUAUUAUUCAAUCGUCCAGAAAACGGUAUUCUGACUGAUCAUGAUCAUACAGCAAACGGUCUUCAUCACAUGAAAUCUUCCACGGAAAUGGACAUGGACUUGGAAAUGGGUAUGGAUAUGGAUAUGGACAUGACCAUGGAUAUGACCAUGUCUUUUGAAGAUGAGCGUGCUGGUCUGGUGGAUACUACUUCGGUGACCAUCAAUGGGAAUAGGAAUGGGAAUGGGAAUGGGAAUGAUGUGGAUGUGGAUGUGGAUAUGAAUACACCAGACCACUCGCGACUCUGA